GGUCACCGAGACACUUUCAUAGUAGCAUUUGAAUCGUAACCAAGUGCCAAAGCGGGUUCUUAAUCAAGUUUGUGUUUGAAAUAGAAAAAAAGUGAAAACAGAACAAAAUGCGUCUAGGAUCAACUGUGCCCAACUUCAAGUGUGAUUCCACCAAGGGUCCCAUCCAAUUCUACGAUUGGCAAGGAGAUUCUUGGGUUGUCUUGUUCUCUCACCCAGCCGAUUUUACACCCGUCUGCACCACGGAAUUGGGUCGCAUUGCCGUGCAUGCCCCCGAAUUCAAUAAGCGCAACACCAAACUUUUGGCCCACUCUGUUGAUCAGCUGAAGUCCCAUGUCGAUUGGGUUAAUGACAUUAAAUCCUAUUGCCUGGAUAUUCCCGGUGAAUUCCCCUACCCCAUUUUGGCCGAUCCCACUCGCGAAUUGGCUGUACAAUUUGGCAUGUUGGAUGAGCAACAACGUCAAGAUCCUGAGGUGGGCAAGACCAUUCGUGCUUUGUUCAUCAUCAGUCCCGAUCACAAGGUGCGCCUGUCCAUGUUCUACCCCAUGUCGACUGGUCGCAAUGUAGAUGAAAUCCUCCGCUGCAUUGACUCUUUGCAAUUGACCGAUCGCCUCAAGGUUGUGGCCACCCCUGCCAACUGGACUCCUGGCACCAAGGUCAUGAUCAUUCCCUCCGUCACCGAUGAGGAAGCCCACAAGUUGUUCCCCAAGGGCUUCGAUAAGGUCUCCAUGCCCUCGGGCGUUAACUAUGUUAGAACCACAGAAAAUUAUUAAAUAAUUUUUUGUUUUAUAAAAAUAUGUAGAUUGUUUUUAUUUUUUUUCUCUCACUAUCAGUGGUUUGUGUAUUUUUUAAUAAUUAUUUUAAUAAAAUUAUAAAGAUGUUAAUUUAAAAAAAAAA